CUCCCUCGCCGGCCCGGCCCCGCACGGCCCCGCACGGCACGGGGGUUGCCAUGACAAGCGUUUUCUCCCGUUAGCUCCGGGACCGCUCCCCCUCCAUCCCAUGGCCAGUCGCGGGGGCUCCGCCGCCAGCCGGGCGCCGUGGGACCGGAGCCGCUCCAGUUGCUGUGGUAUCCAGGGAGCCCUCCUCCUCCUCCUCCUCCUCCUCCUCCUCCUCCCGCUGCAGGAGCUGCACGCCGGGCGUUGCUAAGGUCGCCUCCGCGGUAACAUGCACAUCCUGUUUACACCUUCAUCCCGACAAGUUGGGCUCGGCUAGAGCCGCCCGUUCCCCCCGGGAAGCCCCCAGGGAAGCCCCCAGGGAAGGGGCCACACGGAGCAUCAUCCCCCGGAGCCGCCGGAGCCGCCGGAGCCGCGAGCGAGGCCGCGCCGGGAGCGCCGCGCCGGGGGCACCGGCACCGUGACAAGAUGACGAACAACGUGGCCGACCACCACCCCGGGAACUCGGUGGCCGAGGGCAGCCAUGAGGGGGACUUUGGGUGCUCCUUGGUGGAGCUCAGGAACCUCAUGGAGCUGAGGAGCGCCGAGGCCGUGGCCCGGAUCAACGACUCCUAUGGAGGCGUCCAGAACGUCUGCAAGAGGUUGAAGACGUCGCCGGUUGAAGGCCUGUCUGGGAACCCCACGGACCUGGAGAAGCGGCGCCAGGCCUUUGGGCAGAACUUCAUCCCCCCCAAGAAGGCCAAGACGUUCCUGCAGCUGGUGUGGGAGGCGCUGCAGGACGUGACGCUGAUCAUCCUGGAGAUCGCAGCCAUCGUCUCGCUGGGGCUGUCCUUCUACCACCCCCCGGGAGGGGACAACGAGCUGUGCGGGCAGUCCACGGGCGGCGUGGAGGACGAGGGCGAGUCGCAGGCGGGCUGGAUCGAGGGCGCUGCCAUCCUGUUCUCGGUCAUCAUCGUGGUGCUGGUGACGGCCUUCAACGACUGGAGCAAGGAGAAGCAGUUCCGGGGCCUCCAGAGCCGCAUCGAGCAGGAGCAGAAGUUCACGGUGAUCCGCAAGGGCCAGGUGAUCCAGAUCCCCGUGGCCGAGAUCGUGGUGGGCGACAUCGCCCAGAUCAAGUACGGUGAUCUCCUGCCAGCGGACGGGAUCCUGAUCCAGGGCAAUGACCUGAAGAUAGACGAGAGCUCACUGACUGGGGAGUCAGACCAGGUGAAGAAAUCCAUGGAUAAAGACCCCAUGCUGCUGUCAGGUACCCACGUGAUGGAGGGCUCGGGCAGGAUGGUGGUGACUGCCGUGGGCAUCAACUCCCAGACUGGGAUCAUCUUCACCCUCCUGGGAGCAGGAGGAGAGGGGGACGAGGAGAAGAAAGUGAAGAAAGGUAAAAAAGGUGGAGCCCCCGAAAACCGCAACAAAGCUAAAACUCAGGAUGGUGUGGCCUUAGAGAUCCAGCCCCUGAAGAGCCAGGAGGGGGUGGAGAACGAGGAGAAGGAGAAGAAGAAGGCGAAGGUGCCCAAGAAGGAGAAGUCGGUGCUGCAGGGGAAGCUCACGCGCCUGGCGGUGCAGAUCGGGAAGGCAGGGCUGAUCAUGUCGGCCAUCACCGUCAUCAUCCUGGUGCUCUACUUCGUCAUCGACACCUUCGGGGUGCAGAAGCGGCCCUGGCUGGCCGAGUGCACCCCCAUCUACAUCCAGUACUUCGUCAAGUUCUUCAUCAUCGGCGUCACCGUGCUGGUGGUGGCCGUGCCCGAGGGGCUCCCGCUGGCCGUCACCAUCUCGCUGGCCUACUCUGUCAAGAAAAUGAUGAAGGACAACAACCUGGUGAGGCACCUGGACGCCUGCGAGACCAUGGGCAACGCCACGGCCAUCUGCUCGGACAAGACGGGCACGCUGACCAUGAACCGCAUGACCGUGGUGCAGGCCUACGUGGGGGACACCCACUACCGCCAGAUCCCCGACCCCGAGGCCAUCCUGCCCAAAACCCUGGACCUCAUUGUCCACGGUGUGGCCAUCAACUCUGCCUACACCUCCAAGAUCCUGCCACCAGAGAAGGAAGGGGGGCUUCCCCGCCAGGUGGGCAACAAGACCGAGUGUGCCCUGCUGGGCUUCGUGCUGGACCUGAAGCAGGACUACCAGGCUGUGCGCAACGAGGUGCCCGAGGAGAAGCUCUACAAGGUCUACACCUUCAACUCUGUGCGCAAGUCCAUGAGCACGGUGCUGAGGAACAGCGGCGGCGGCUUCCGCAUGUACAGCAAGGGCGCCUCUGAGAUCAUCCUGCGCAAGUGCACCAAGAUCCUGGACAAGAACGGCGAGCCGCGCGUGUUCAAGGUGAAGGACAGGGACGAGAUGGUGAAGAAGGUGAUCGAGCCCAUGGCCUGCCACGGGCUCAGGACCAUCUGCCUGGCAUUCCGGGACUUCCCUGCGGGUGCAGAGCCCGACUGGGACAACGAGAGUGAAAUCCUGUCUGACCUGACCUGCAUCGCUGUGGUGGGGAUCGAGGAUCCCGUACGGCCCGAGGUGCCCGAUGCCAUCCUGAAGUGCCAGCGCGCCGGCAUCACCGUCCGCAUGGUGACAGGGGACAACAUCAACACUGCCCGUGCCAUCGCCACCAAGUGUGGCAUCCUGCUGCCCGGGGAGGACUUCCUGUGCCUCGAGGGGAAGGAGUUCAACCGCCUGAUCCGCAACGAGAAGGGAGAGGUGGAGCAGGAGCAGCUGGACAAGAUCUGGCCCAAGCUGCGGGUGCUGGCACGUUCCUCUCCCACAGACAAGCACACCCUGGUGAAAGGAAUCAUCGACAGCACCGUGGGUGACCAGAGGCAGGUGGUGGCUGUGACAGGGGACGGCACCAACGAUGGCCCAGCCCUGAAGAAAGCAGAUGUUGGGUUUGCCAUGGGCAUCGCGGGCACGGACGUGGCCAAGGAGGCCUCGGACAUCAUCCUGACCGACGACAACUUCACCAGCAUCGUCAAGGCCGUCAUGUGGGGCCGCAACGUCUACGACAGCAUCUCCAAGUUCCUGCAGUUCCAGCUCACCGUCAACGUGGUUGCCGUCAUCGUGGCCUUCACUGGUGCCUGCAUCACACAGGACUCGCCCCUGAAGGCCGUGCAGAUGCUGUGGGUGAACCUGAUCAUGGACACGUUUGCCUCGCUGGCGCUGGCCACGGAGCCGCCGUCGGAGUCGCUGCUGCUGCGCAAACCCUACGGGCGCAACAAGCCGCUCAUCUCCCGCACCAUGAUGAAAAACAUCCUGGGCCACGCCGUCUACCAGCUCACCAUCAUCUUCACCCUGCUCUUCGCAGGGGAGAAGUUUUUCGACAUCGACAGCGGCCGGAACGCGCCCCUGCACUCUCCCCCCACCGAGCACUACACCAUCGUCUUCAACACCUUCGUGAUGAUGCAGCUCUUCAACGAGAUCAACGCGCGCAAGAUCCACGGCGAGAGGAACGUCUUUGAGGGCAUCUACCGCAACCCCAUCUUCUGCUCCGUGGUGCUGGGCACCUUCUUCGCCCAGAUCAUCAUCGUGGAGUUUGGUGGGAAGCCCUUCAGCUGCUCUGGGCUCACCCUGACCCAGUGGUUCUGGUGCGUUUUCAUUGGAGUGGGAGAGCUCCUGUGGGGCCAGCUGAUCUGCACCGUGCCCACGAGCCACCUGAAGUUCCUGAAGGAGGCUGGGCACGGCAUCACCAAGGAGGAGAUCCCCGAGGAGGAGCUGCCCGAGGACGUGGACGAGAUCGACCACGCGGAGAUGGAGCUGCGGCGGGGGCAGAUCCUGUGGUUCCGGGGCCUCAACAGGAUCCAGACCCAGAUGGACGUAGUUUACACAUUCCAGACCGGCGCCUCCUCUUUGCAGGGAGCCCUCAGGAGACAGCCUUCCAUCGUGAGCCAGCACCACGAUAUCAAAGUGGUGAAUGCGUUCCGUAGCUCGCUCUACGAAGGCCUCGAGAAACCCGAAUCCAGAAGCUCCAUCCAUAACUUCAUGACUCACCCAGAGUUCAUCCUGGAGGAAGACGAGCCUCGGACACCAUUCCUUGACGGCGCCGAAGACGAGCCCGAGCCUGAGGGACUCCAAAAGCGAGGUGGGGGCAGCCUGGGGGGCUCCACGGCCCUCAACAGGAACAACAACGCCGUGGACAGCGAGUUCAGCUUCCCCGAGCCCGGGAGCCCCUUCCACAGCCUGGAGACCUCAGUUUGACCUUAGAACUUGGAGUUUCCCCCUCCUCCUCCUCUUCUUCCUCGUCCUCAUCCAUCUGGGGCCCUGUGUGAUCCCAGCACCAGUAACUGAUCACACUGCUGCGGUCAAACUGCUCAUGCCUGUAUCAUCAUUGAGGGGUUUUUUGGGGGUGGGGUUGGGGGUUUAAUGUGUUUUUUUUCUCUUUUUUUUUUGGUUCAUUUUGUUGGGUUUUUUUACCGUUAUUUAGCAGUGGGAACCAGAGUACCACCAAGCUGGGUGUUGGGAGAGAGGUUAAGCCAAAAAAAGAAACCAAAACCAAACCAAUUGUGCAUCUCCAUCCCCGAUUUUCCGUGGUACUCACCCAGGGGAAGCUGCCAGGUUCUUUCCUCUCCAAGAGUUGGGUUUUUCACUUGGGGUUUUCACUUUGGAGAAAUGCAUGUUCCAAGGAAAUUCAAAUUGUUGUAGUCUUACACUCCCUCAGCCCCGAGGCUGGGGGUGCACUUGUGACUUGAUUUUAUUUUUCUUGUGUUUUUAGGGUUUUUUUCACAUGUGGUUUUUAGGGGUUUUUUCCUUCUAAUGUUGGGGUUUGCUCUUUGCUUGUGGGAUUUCCCCCCUACCCAAUGGGAAGUGGGGAGGGGGAGUCACUGCUCCAGUGCAGAAAUUAAGGAAUAAACUAAAAAAUCCCAGCCA